AUGGAGGUGGACACUGGCGGAGGUGAACAAGGAAGCGAACGCGUUCAGCAAUCAAGCGAAGUAAAUAACGUGCCAGAUGUAUCAGAGGCGCAUGUGACGCCGUGACGCCGGCGGUCGCCAGAAAUGUACAAGUUCUUGGAGCGUCAGCAGUGAAUUCCCUAGAAGAUUAUUAAAAGAAGUCCUCGAAAACAACCACUAGAGACAUUUCUGCAAAAGAUGAAAAUACCAGGUCACCAGUUAAAUCACCCGAAAAGAUGAUGAUGUAAGUUUUGCUCAGUCGUUACAGGAUAGUUAUUUUCGCGAAAAUGACCCCCUCCCUUCUUGCCAAUGUUGCUAGCUGACUUCACAAGUUAGAAUAGAAAAUUUUAAUUCUGGACAAGAGGGUAGGAUACUUAAGUCUUGCGCUGCCGAUCUGUGAUGGCUACAGAUUUUAGUAGAAAGCUGAUUUUUACAUGAACUGUCUGGAAAAACUUUAUGCGGCUCUGAACUAUUCUUAAACAAUUAAUUUUUGAAUUUACAGUUAAUAGCUUUUGCAUGUAUCUAGGUUGGUCUGUCUUUUUCUGACUCUGGCUGACUCAAGUGUGUGUAACAUCAUUUGUCCUACUUAAGUGUAAUUUUUCUUUUAGUCCCAAAGUUGUCCAAUUUGGAAUCGAAACAAAGUUUCCACUUGAUUGCAUCGCUCUGCACUUCUGAUAUGGACUCCGACUCUGUUGUAACUGAGAACCAGUGUUUAGCUGGUGAUCAUCUCCUUUACUCUUGUGACCUCAAUGUGUGGUUCAGGGGUGAUAUUGUAGGGAGAAAUUAGAUGCUAGUCACUCUUGGAGUUUAAAAGUAAAGUCCAAUUAUUACAUCUCCAGGUCCAGCUUAUGCUCUCAGUGCAGCUCAGGAUCUGAUGGGGACAUCAACAGCUGUGAGAAAAUUUGGGCAAAGCACCUCUAGUCAGAGAUUAUUAUCAAGGAAAUCAUAUGUUCUACAAACAUCUUUUCAAGAUUCACAGGUACAGCUUGAAAAUUGUAUUUGCCACUUCUUAAUACAGUAAUAUUCAGUUCAUAUUCUGAUAAUAUAAUCACCUUAUAUGGAAAUACAUUGUGCCAAGUUUUGUGAAGCUAAAAAAUUUGACUUUAUAAAGUUCCAGAUAUCCAUAAAUUAAGGAUUUAAUAACAGGCUCAUAUCCAAUGUGCUCUUAUGGAGUAAUUGUUAAAUAUUCAAUCAUCAUGGCUUGUUAAGUUUUGUACCUCGACUGAUGUAACUUUUGUAAUUUAGUAUUUUGUACUAAAUUGAUAAAGUAAAUUGGUCACCAGAAUGCUGACAUUUCGAGCAUCAGCCCUUCAUCAGAGCAAUUAGAGGAAUUGUGGGCUGUGUGUAGGUUUAUAUGCAGAAAAUGGAGCUAUGCUGGGAUUAUGGAGACAGGAAACAGGAAAACAGCCUCAUUGUUGGCUCUGCAGAAUAAGUGUUUCUCCACCUGUGGGAAUAUUUAAGAAGAGAUUGAAAGAGGUGUGCUGUGGGUGUGGCUGACUGGUUUGGCUCAAGGCCUUAAAUUUAUUUGUUUGUGAAGAAACACUCGUAUUAAAGUGGGUGUAGUGUGGACCUGCUUAUACAGUAGUGUAGGUGGAACACUUGUAGGAAAGAAAAAUGUGUUUUGCCUCAUAUAAGUUGUCAGUUAUUGUUUGUAACAUUCUGAAAGCUGUUUUGUUUUGUGUCAUCAGUCAAUGAUAAAAAAAAAAAGGUUAAUGUUAGACUUUCUUGUGACAAAGAUUUUUUGUCAUUUAAGUGCUGUAGAAUGAACAAACAGCUGCCUCUCCAAGUCAAGUGAGGGAAAUCUGCACUUAAAAAUAUUAACUUUAAAAGUCAAAACUACUUGAAAUGUCAGCUUUAAAACUCUUAGCAGUGGCCAAUUUGCAUUAUCAACUCAGUUGAUAAAAUCAAAAUUAUCUUGUUAAACUCCCCCACAGUUUCUUUAGAAACUAACCCCUUUAUUAGUAAUAGUAAUUUGUAGCCUUUCCACACAGUUUCAUGUAAUUAUGGGCAUCUAACACUGUAUUAGGUGAACAUUAAAGGAAAGACAAAUUCCCUUAGCAAUUGCAUCCAUGUGAAAAUGUAAUUAUUACAGGCAUGCAUGUAGGAAAGAAAGAAUAAAAAAAUAUGCAUUUGUUUCAAAGUUAUCGCAUGAUGUAUUUUUUUUAAAUUCAUACAAUUCUGGGGCAUUGUUAUCUUGCAGUUGGUGCAUGUUACUAAUGUAGAAGGGAAAUGCCUAGUUGCUUGAAGAGAGAGGUUGAAUGGACACUCAAAUUUACUUGGGGUUGCUUUUUCUUUUGGCAGACCUGGUGAAAUUCUUGUGUGCAAACUUGAAGGAACUUCAUUCUGGGAAAAAACACCUGGAGCUUAUUUUGUCUCUCAUUGUUUUACUCUUCCUGAAGGUAAUUGUAAUGACUGUAUUAGAAAAAAUGACAGAUCUGUAGAGGGUAAACUGUAAUGUUAUUUUCUUAAUCAUCUUUACUCAGGGGAAAAGUCGAAUGCGAAUUUCCUAAAUUUUUUGAGGGGGUUUAAUUGACUGGUAUAGUUGUCACUUUUGUGCAUUGACUAUAUUCUAACAAAACCAAUCCCAGAAUGACAAAUUAACGCCAUCACCGUUGUGAGGGACAUAAUUAUGUUAUGUACAGUGUUCACAUAUGUGGGCAGUUAAAUUUUUUUUUUUUAAUGUGACUCUAAGUUUAGGCCCUUAAUUCCUGUAGGUGGUUAACAUGUACAUGGUGUAAGUUCUCUUUGCAACAAACACAUUAAGCCAGACCCUAUUUGCACAGACAACUUAUAACACAUGAUCAUGGCUUUCAUUCUAUUUUGUUUCAUACUGUUUAGUGUCUUGCACCAGUUUAUCCUUUUAUCCUUUUAUCAACUCAUAAUUGUAUGUUUUCACUUCGCUCCUUCAAGAAAUUCUCUCAAACAAGACAUUUGGUAGGCCUUUCUUUUCUUGUGCAGUUCAUUUGUCAAAUGAAUGUUUACCAUAUGUUAAUUUUUGGCUUAAUCUCAGGGCUAAACUCUGAUGUAAUUAUGUUUAUGUGUUAGUAAGAUAAAAGUUUAGCCAGUGAGAGUAAAUAAAGUCUUUGUUGAUAGAGUGUCUCCCUCAUUCAAAGAUACAUGACUGAAUAAACAGGCAAAACUGGUGGGGAAAGUGCUAGAAACUCUUUAGGUGGCCAAUUCACAUUAUCAACUCAGUUGAUAAAACCAUGCAAAUUACAUAUCUUGCAAUUCUCCCCAAUGAUGCAGCACCACAGUUUCUUCAGAAACUUACCCUCUUCAUUUGUGUGUCUGUUCAAUAGUCUAAAAGAGUGAUGAUCAAUUUAACCCUUUCACCUUUAAGAUAUUGAGAUUAAUACUCCUUCCCACAUUCAUCAACAGCUUCUUAUGAUGGAAAGUCUUAGAAUUUAUUGUCAACUAUCAGCUGCUUGAUAGUUUUUGUUAUUCUGAUUACCUGCCUGCUGUCUUAGUAAUUUGAGUAUUGUUUGGCCUCUUCUAAAAGUGAAAGGGCUACAUGUAUGCUAAGAAAGGUUUUUGAAAUUAAAGUACAUGUAUAACCGAAAUCAUUAACCUUAUCUUCAUGCAAAAUUGCUGUAAAAUAUGUAAGAGUUUGUUUGAACAUGAUGCCAAGAGAACAGAAGUAUGUGCUUGUCAUGAUCUUAACAUUAGCGUACCUCUCAGCCAUAAGAUUAAACAUCCUGUCCAAAAGAAAGACAUUCUUAAACAGCUACAUGAAUCCAGCAAUGGAAAAAUUGUCUACCUUUGUGUGUGGUUAUUUGGAUGAACCCCACCUUAGCAUGCAAAAUGUUUGUCUCUUGUUUAUUUUUUUUUUCUCCUAGACUUUGACAUGGAAUGACAGCAAUUGA